GUCCAUCCAGUAGUGUUAAAAGGUGCAGUCAACAGGUUGCAUAAAAUAAAAUCAUUCAGUUUGUGGCGUGGUUGAAUGUUAAUACUAUUAACCUGUUCACGGUCGUUUGAAAAGCGUCACAAUGGGAAUUCCAUUUAAUUCUUCGGAGACACCUAUGUCGAGACCAAACACCGAUAAUUCUUACAAUGAAAAGUUAAAUUUGGAUACAACUGAUUCACAGACCGUUGCCUCGAUUCAACCUCCGAAAUCGAUAGAGCCAGCUGAAUUUGACUUGGACGUACCAACGAUCGAAGUAAUAUCUUUACCAACAGAAAAAAUUAAACCAGAGCAUCGAAGUAGCGUAAAGGAGUUUUUCCGGCAACUGAUUGGUAUUACACCUGGCAUAAUUAUACUUUUGCUAACCGGGAUACAACUAUGUUGGGCUGUGUCAGAGUUCGAUAUGGCUGUUUACAACAAAAUGUAUUCGGAUUCAAUAUACAAAAUUGGAAUGAUAAUAGUAUGCGGUUUCUAUCUCGGAGCAAUGUUGGGUCAAUUGGUUGGUGCAAUUUUAGUUGUUCAUCUGAGAAAGAAAUUCAUUUAUUUGGUUUGCGCCUUUCUUCUCAUCGUCAGUGGUGAACUCCUAAAAAAUUGUUACGUAGCACCAUACCAUAUAAUCGGACGCAUUUUGCUGGGACUUGUACAUUCAAUUGCUCAGCUGACUGUAAUCACUUAUGCAUCCGAGGCGACAACAAAAGGCAUUCGCAUCAAACUUCUGUCAUCUUUGGCAUUUAUCAACAUGUUAUCGAUCUGGAUGGGAACAGGACUCGCAAUCGGCAAUACGGGUUUCAAUGAGGAUUUAAUUGAAAAUCCUGAAAAUGCUACAAUUGCACUCGAAGAUAGGGAGUAUGUGGUUGAUGAUCUAAAUAUUGUUUCGAUCUCUGGCAUGGUUAUUAUGGUGAUCGCAAGCAUAGCGUUAAUAUUGACACCAUUCAUAACCAGAGAAAGCAUACCGUUCUUAGUACGUAACAAGAGCAACGAGAUUGCUUACAAGGAAUUCGUUGCUCUUGCUCAGAUAAGUGAAAAUGACUCAAGUUCAGUAGGCGAAUUUGAGAAAUGGAAGAAUUCUAUUUUGAUGCAUCCACAACACUCCAUGCACAUUUUCCGGAAAGAAAAUUUUAAAUCUUUGAUGUUGUUAUAUCACACUCGCAUUCUGAGCUUAUUGUUUAACAGCAUUUUUGUAUCCGUCAUGUUCACGCGUGUACUACUUUUUGAUGAGGAGACGAAUCUCAAAUGGUUCUAUAAUGAGACAAUGUCAUAUGAUAUCAAAGAGAUGGAAUAUUCACUGGAUGUGCUGCUUGGAUUUAAGACAAUUGCAUUUACGUGUGGAGUAGUUCUUCUACUGUUCGGUAUGAAAUGGAAAAUCAAUCGAUUUUGCUAUAAAUUAGCCUUCGUGUGGGGUUUGAGUGCAUUUGUCAUCUAUGUGACUUACAGUUGCUUGGAUGUUAUGAAGUUUAAACCACCGGUUCUCGUAAUGGCAAUUUUUGUAUAUUCCAUCAUGACUAUUUACAUGAUAGUACCGUUUAAGCUUGACGUUCUACAAUAUGGACAAAUUGCAGAAAUUUACGAUGAAGAAAAUGGCAAUUACAAAUUAUGGAGCCUGGCUUUCGUUGGUUGCCUCGAACAUUUUCUGCACAUUUUGCUCUUGAUGACUAUAUUUUUGUUCCCAUCAUUGGGCGCUCUGCUAACUGAUUUUGGAAUUUUUUACAUCAGUCUAUGGCUGUUGAAAAAUGUGCCCAGUGAUGGGGCGGUUUGUCCCUUGAAAAAUGUAUUCAGGAAAGUAACAAACCUGAAAUAUUUAAAAUACUAGAUCGAUCAAUACUAGAUCUAGAUCUCUUCUGA